GCGCAGGGGCCGCAGGCGCUCGCGGUUGCCGAAGGCCUCUCCGGGCCGCCCACCCUGCCGCCCUCGUCGCCCUCGGUGUCGCGGGCCGGGAGCGUGCCAGCAGGCCCCGGCCUGCACCCGCAGCGGGCAGGCCCGGCUCGCGGCGGCGGCCCGGCCUUGCUCGAGGUCCUCGAGCGGCACGCGCGGCAGUCGGCG